AUGGAGAUUGGGCAGCCGUCGUCUGGACCGCCUCCCUCUAUCCCAUCGCCUCCUCCACCAAUUCGGGGCAUUAGCGAGGCCUCCGGUAGCCAAGUGCGGUGUGCUGGUUGCAAGAUGAUAUUGACCGUCGCCACCGGUCUCACCGAAUUUGUGUGCCCUAAGUGCAACUUGCCGCAGAUGCUGCCGCCGGAGCUCUUGUUGUCACAGCAGCGAAGCAACAACCCCUCCACCCCGCACGGCAUUGAUCCUACGAAGAUCCAGCUCCCAUGCGCCCACUGCAAAGCAAUACUGAAUGUGCCGCACGGUCUGUCCCGCUUCAAUUGUCCUCAGUGUGGCGUCGACCUCGCCGUUGAUCUCUCUAAGAUUAACCACUUAUUCCCUCAGCCACUCCCCGGUGCUCCUCCGCCUCCACAGUUUCUCCUCCCGCCUCCCCCUCUCCCCGAAGAAGUUAACGAGGUUGCAAUUGAAGUGGAGCGGGAAGAAGAUGAAGGUGGAGCAGCUGGGGAAACAUUCACUGAUUAUCGGCCUCCAAAAGUAUCGAUUGGUCCUCCGCAUCCAGACCCUGUUGUGGAGACGUCAUCCUUAUCUGCAGUGCAGCCUCCUGAACCCACUUACAGUCUUGCCAUCAAGGAUGAUUUGGAAGGUUCAAAAGCACUGUCAUGUUUGCAGAUUGAGACUUUAGUUUAUGCCAGUCAGAGACACCUUCAACACCUUCCUAAUGGUGCAAGGGCAGGGUUUUUUGUUGGAGAUGGUGCUGGCGUGGGCAAAGGGAGAACAAUAGCUGGGUUGAUAUGGGAAAAUUGGCACCACAUGAGACGGAAAGCUCUAUGGAUUUCUGUUGGCUCUGAUUUGAAAUUUGACGCUAGAAGAGACUUGGAUGAUGUGGGUGCAUCGUGUAUUGAAGUUCAUGCAUUAAACAAGCUGCCUUAUUCUAAGCUUGAUUCAAAGUCUGUCGGCAUCAGGGAGGGUGUCAUAUUCUUGACAUACAGCAGCCUUAUUGCUUCUUCUGAGAAAGGUCGAAGCCGUCUGCAACAGCUUGUACAAUGGUGUGGACCAGAAUAUGAUGGUCUUAUCAUUUUUGAUGAGUGUCACAAAGCGAAAAAUUUAGUUCCUGAAGCUGGUGGGCAACCAACCAGGACAGGGGAAGCUGUUCUCGAGAUCCAGGCUCGGCUUCCUCAAGCUCGUGUUAUUUAUUGUUCAGCAACGGGUGCUUCUGAACCACGUAAUUUGGGUUAUAUGGUUCGCCUUGGUCUUUGGGGUGCUGGAACUUCUUUUCUCAACUUCCGUGAUUUUUUAGGUUCUAUGGAGAAAGGUGGAGUUGGAGCACUCGAACUUGUUGCGAUGGACAUGAAAGCAAGGGGUAUGUAUGUUUGUCGAACACUGAGCUAUAAAGGUGCUGAAUUUGAAGUUGUUGAAGUGCCAUUGGAGGACAAGAUGAUGGAAAGUUACAAAAAGGCAGCAGAAUUUUGGGCAGAAUUGAGGGUUGAAUUGAUGUCAGCUAGCGCAUUUCUUACCAAUGCAAAGCCUAACACUAGUCAGCUAUGGAGAUUAUAUUGGGCGAAUCAUCAGCGUUUCUUUAGGCACUUGUGUUUGUCAGCUAAGGUGCCGGCUCUAGUAAGACUAGCUAAGCAAGCAUUGGCGGAUAGCAAAUGUGUUGUGAUAGGCCUCCAGAGUACCGGAGAGGCUCGAACUGAGGAGGCCGUAUCAAAAUAUGGUCUUGAACUCGACGAUUUUGUUUCUGGACCUCGUGAACUGUUGCUGAAAUUCGUUGAAGAAAAUUAUCCUCUCCCUGAAAAACCGGAACCACUCCCAGAGGAAAGUGUCAUGGAGCUUCAAAGAAAGAGGCAUUCGGCGACUCCUGAGGUUCCUGUUAGGGGGAGAGCAAGGAAAGUUGCAAAGUGGGAACAACUAGACGAUGAAAGUCCUGAUGAAUCAGAUCUGGACUCAGAUGAAGAGACUACUGAAUCAGAUGACGAUGAGUUUCAGAUCUGUGAUAUUUGUAGUUUGGAAGAGGAAAGGAAGAAGUUGUUGCAGUGUUCCUGUUGUGGCCAACUUGUGCAUCCUGCUUGUGUAGUACCACCUGUUGAGGAAGCCGUACCCAAUGAUUGGUCUUGUUAUACAUGCAAGGAAAAAACAGAGGAGUAUCUCCAAGCAAGACGUCUCUAUCUUGAAGAACUGCAUAAAAGAUAUGAUGGAGCUUUGGAGCGUAAGUUCAAGAUUUUGGAAAUAAUUCGUUCCUUGGAUCUUCCGAAUAAUCCUUUAGAUGAUAUUAUUGAUCAGCUUGGUGGCCCCGAUAAAGUUGCCGAAAUUACAGGAAGGCGCGGCAUGCUUGUUAGGGUUUCUGGUGGGAAAGGUGUAACUUAUCUGGCGAGAAACACCAAGGAGGUAACCAUGGAAAUGGUUAAUAUGCAUGAGAAACAACUAUUUAUGGAUGGGAAAAAGCUGGUAGCUAUCAUUUCCGAAGCUGGGUCAGCUGGUGUUUCUUUGCAAGCAGAUAGAAGGGCCCUAAAUCAGAAAAGAAGGGUCCAUUUGACAUUGGAGCUACCAUGGAGUGCUGACAGAGCUAUUCAACAAUUUGGCAGAACUCACCGUUCAAACCAAGCUUCUGCACCAGAGUAUAGGUUACUGUUUACAAAUCUAGGAGGUGAGAGACGAUUUGCAUCUAUUGUUGCCAAGAGGUUGGAAACUCUUGGAGCUCUUACUCAAGGAGACCGCAGGGCUGGACCAUCUCUAAGUGCGUACAACUAUGAUAGUACCUAUGGGAAGAGAGCUCUCAUGAUACUGUACAGAGGCAUCCUGGAGCAGGACCGUUUGCCUGUUGUACCCCCAGGAUGCUCACCUGAAAAGCCAGAUUCAAUCCAAGAUUUUGUUUUGCAGGGGAAAGCUGCUCUUGUAUCUGUUGGAAUUAUAAGAGACUCGGUUAUAGGUAAUGGAAAGGAUAAUGGGAAGAUUACUGGGCGCAUAGUUGAUUCAGAUAUGCAUGAUGUUGGGCGUUUCCUCAACCGGCUUUUAGGUCUUCCGCCAGAGAUCCAAAAUAGGCUUUUUGAGUUAUUUGUCAGCAUCCUUGAUCUUCUUGUUCAGAAUGCACGCACCGAGGGACACUUGGAUUCUGGGAUCAUUGAUAUGAAAGCUAGUAGUGUUGAGCUACGAGAGACUCCCAAGACUGUUCAUGUUGACAGUACGUCUGGGGCAUCGACCAUACUAUUUACUUUCACAUUGGACCGUGGAAUCACCUGGGAGUCUGCUUCUGCACUAAUGGAUGAGAGGCAAGGGGAUGGGAGUGCUUCAAGCAGCAAUGGUUUUUAUGAGUCUAAGAGGGAGUGGUUGGGAAGACGACACUUCUUAUUAGCACUUGAGGGAUCUUCCAGCAAUUUUUACAAGAUUUUCCGUCCUGCUGUUGGGGAGGCCUUGAGGGAAAUGCCUCUGGCAGAAUUAAAAGACAAGUAUCGUAAGGUUUCCUCUUUAGAGAAAGCUCGUACCUGUUGGGAAGAUGAAUACGAUGUUUCUUCGAAGCAGUGCAUGCAUGGACCUAAGUGUAAGUUAGGGAGCUACUGUACAGUCGGGAGACGAUUACAGGAGGUGAAUGUGUUAGGUGGCCUCAUUCUUCCAAUUUGGGGAACCAUAGAGAAGGCUCUCUCCAAGCAGGCUAGACAAAUCCAUAAACGAAUCCGGGUUGUGAGGGUAGAAACUACGUCUGACAAUAAGAGAAUUGUUGGAUUGCUAAUCCCAAAUGCAGCUGUUGAAUCUGUCCUGCAAGAUUUGGCAUGGGUUCAAGAUAUUGAUGACUAA